AUGGUCCUGUCCAUCCUGCAUGACCCAGAGGUCUUCAGGGUUCCUGGUCAAGCACCUAAAAGUCAGGAGGAAACUCCAUGGCAGUCCAUAGACCUGUGGGCAGGACCCUCACAUGUGGGUCAAGCUCUGGUGCUCCAAGGAAGCCCCAAAGUGGGAGGAAGACAGAGAAAUGGACAGUGGGAGCUGGACAGAAGUGACCCUCGCUUCUCCACAGGGUAUCCGAAUCAGGAUCCGAGAUUCCAACUAGAAGUGCCUGAUUCAGUGACACUGCUGGAGGUUUUGUGCGUCCUCGUGCCCUGCAGGAUCUUCUACCCCUGGGACUGCUGGGAUGAUUCCAGCCCUGUCCAUGGAUAUUGGUUCUGGCAAGGGAUCAGUAUAAACAGCGAUUCUUCAGUGGCCACAAACAAUCCAGCUCGAAAAGUGCAGGAGGAGACCCAGGACCAAUUCCACCUCCGCAGGGACCCUCAGACCAACAACUGCUCCCUGAGCAUCAGAGAUGCCAAGAGGACAGACCAAGGGACAUACUUCUUUCAGGUGGAGAGAGGAAGAAAGAAAUACACUUACAAUUAUCCCCAGCUCUCUGUGUAUGUGACGGAUGCUCCUCAGAACUUGAUGGUGACUGUCUUCCAAGGAGAUGGCACAGCAGCCACAUCCCUGAGGAACAGUUCAUCCUCUCUGCACCUGGUCUGUGCUGUGGACAGCAACCUUCCAGCCAGGCUGACCUGGACCCAGGGAAACCUGACCCUGUGCCCCUCACAGGCCUCCAGCCCAGGGAUGCUGUAUCUGCCUCAAGUGCACCUCAGGGAUGAAGGAGAAUUCACCUGCCAAGCUCAGAAUCCUCUAGGCUCCCAGCAUAUCUCCCUAAACCUCUCCCUCCAGAGGAAAUCAGGGCCCCUGGCAGAGGUGUUUCUAUUGGCCCUUGGAGUAGUGACUAUGAAGAUCCUGCUUCUCUGCCUCUGCUUCAUCUUACUCAGGCAACACUGGUCCUGGUCUCAGGUCCUGGUCUCUUCUGAGGUCCUGCAGGACGAAGACAGCAAGGGCAGCAGCAGGCAUGGAGGAUACAAACGCUGUCACCAG